ACCUACCCAAAAUAAGCUAGCAGAUAACAGCAAGAAUCACACACGAUCAUAUCUUUUAAAUUUUGGCUUCACCCGUUUACCUGGUCGCCACAGCGGAUCAUCCCCCCGUCCUCCACAUCCCCAACUACCUGCAGAUAAACCUUCGGAUUAUUUUAGUCUCCAGUAACCACUGCUCCUCCUCCUCCCACCACCAUUUAGACUGAGGCUUUUAUUUUGGAAGAGAGAAUCCUUCCGUAAAAGAAUCCCUCGGGUUCUUUCAGUCUCCAGCUUCAUACUGCUAAGCUGGCAAGAUGGCGUCUGAGCCGAACAAGACGGAAAUCCUGACAGUGUUUAAAAGGCUUCGCUCGAUUCCCACUAACAAGGCCUGCUUUGACUGCGCCGCUAAGAACCCGAGCUGGGCCAGCAUUUCUCACGGGGUUUUCCUCUGCAUCGACUGCUCAGGGAUCCACCGUUCUCUGGGUGUUCACCUGAGUUUCAUUAGAUCCACAGAGUUGGACUCCAACUGGAGCUGGUUUCAGCUAAGAUGUAUGCAGGUUGGAGGAAAUGCCAAUGCGAUGGCCUUUUUCCGUCAGCAUGGCUGCACUACCAGCGACACCAACGCGAAGUACAACAGCCGCGCAGCACAGAUGUACCGUGACAAGAUCAGACAGCUAGCCAACGCAGCGCUCUCCAAACACGGCACUCAUCUGUGGAUCGAUAAUUCUGGAAACACAGCGACCCCAGCGCCAGAGAAGAAAGAGACGGACUUCUUUGACGAACACACUCAGGCUGGCAACAGCUGGGACAUGGCUUCUCCUUCUGCACUCUCGGAGCAGAAUGGUACGGACACUGUUGCACCUCAGCUGGAGCUGGACGGCCCCAAAAUUUCCGAGUCCACCCCUGCUCAACUGGAUGAAGGACCCAGCAUCGAGGGACUGAACACAGAUGCAAAAGCCGCUAUAGACAACUCGAUGAGAUUGGCGUCUGAUGAGCCACAGCCUCUUAAAGACGUGAGACCUUCUAUUAUCGGAAAGAAGAAGCUGGUUGCUGCAAAGAAAGGGCUCGGGGCUAAAAAGGGUCUCGGCGCCCAGAAAGUGAGCAUCAAGAGCUUCAACGAGGUGGAGAAGCAGGCACAGGUGGCCGAAAAGCUGAGAGAGGAGCAAGCUGCUGAGGCUAAGAAACAGGCCGAGGAGUCAAUUGUGGCUUCAAUGCGUCUGGCCUACAAAGAGCUGGAGAUUGACAGGAAGAUGGAAGAGAAAAGGCUGCAGAACCUGGGGGGGAAGAAGAGGGAGCAAGCUGAGAGGCUCGGCAUGGGCUUAGGAACCAGGAGUGUUGUAUCACACUCUGUGAUGUCAGAGAUGCAGGUGAUUGAGCAGGAGACCCCUGUGAAUUCAAAGACCUCCUCUCGCUCCAGACUGGACAUGUUUGAUGAGCCUGGGUUCACCUCGGGACCACCAAAGUACAAGGACAACCCAUUUACUACAGGAGACAGCUUCGGCUCACGGUGGGACACUGAUUCAGGCUCCGCCUCCUUCUCCACCUCCUGGGCUUUAGACAAGGAUGAGCCCAAAGAGACUGAAGUCACCAUCUCCAGCAUCCAGCCAAUCGGGGAAAGGUUGCCCAGCAGAAGGAAGCCUGAUGCUUCUGUGCCCGUCGCAGAAUCCAGUGAGGCACGGCAGAAGUUUGCUAACGCUAAAGCCAUCUCGUCUGAUAUGUUCUUCGGCCGCGAGAGCAAUGCUGAGUAUGAGGCCAAGGCUCGUCUGGAGACCAUGUCCAGCAGCACAUCUAUUAGUUCUGCUGAUCUGUUCGGGGACGGAAGCAGCCGCCCCUCUGGGGGGUCGGGAUACGAGAGUGUGCUUCCCUCUGGACCGGACAUGGCCCAGUUUAAACAGGGCGUAAAGACUGUGGCUGGAAAAAUGGCCGUGCUGGCUAACGGGGUUAUGAACACCAUCCAGGAUCGCUAUGGCGCUUACUGACAGAACUGCAUCAUUCAAACAGGAAAGGAAAUGACAUCAAACAGGACAUACCACACUGCUGACUGGAUCUGGCUUUGGUUUUUUCUUUCCUCUAACACAUUGUACCUGAAGCACAGAAGGGGAAAAAUACAGAAACGAAAAAGGAAAGGAGGAGACAGCACAGCACAGGACCUCCUUAUCUAUUCUCCCAGUCUGCCUUCAGGCCUUUGUAGAUUCUCACACAUGCACACACACACGCACACACACACACUGACUGACAGUAUUUAAGUUUUCUCUUUCUUUUUUGAAAUAAUUUUUUCCCUCAAUAACAAUCCUCUAAAGAUGUAGAAAGUGUGUUUUUCAGAACCGCAGUGCUUUCUGUUGAAUCUAACUGUGCUGGCUUUUUUUUAAAUGCCAUAUUACUGGUCUGAGAUUUCAUAGAAUUGAUUUAUGUAUUCUCUAUGAAAUAUGUAUAACCAAACUUAUCAUUAGCUCUUCAAUGUUUUCAUUGCUUUUUUAUGUAGACAAGUGGUAUUAUAUUCUUUAUGGUCGUGUGCAUUCAUGACUAGUACAUUCACCUGAUGCAAAAAAAAAAAGGGAACCCGGGAUGGUCGUAUUUUAAGUUCAUUCGAAAAAGUCCAGAGACUGAAAACGAAAAUCGCCCUGAACUGAAUGAUUACGGUAGCUUUAGAUGGUGGGAAUUUACUAACUUGAGAUGUUUAGGAUGUUAAAUAAGACUAAGGCGACGAGCUGAUGUGCAAUACGUCACCGAUCGUUUGUAAAGGUGGACGCAUCAGAUUUUCCUGUCUGUGGUUUUUAGCGGUUUUUCUCUAAGCAUGCCCCGUGAUCGUUAAAAAACUCAUUUCAAAGUCUGAAACGAACCUCGUUCUUGAAACAGGCUGCAGACGGCGCAGAGUAAAAUUCGCAGAUCUUAUCAAAGCACGAAUCGGAUUCACAGACACGACUAGGCGUCUGCAGCUGCUUCCACGUGCGUCAGUUCUUAGACUGGUGUGAAUUUUAAUAAGUGAAAUAAGAUUAAAGAUGAGUUUGACCCAUCCUUAUGUGAUCCUUCCACACAUUUAUAAAAGGUGUUUCUUUUUUCCCCUUUUUAGAUUGAAACUUGAUUGUGGUUUUGGGGAAAAAAAAAAAAAAGUGUGUUCUCUUGAGAAAAUUCUCAACGUCCAUUAUUGAAAUUUGUCUGCCUGUCCGUUUGUGUGAAUAAAAAAAUUUCAAAAAAAUAAAGGACGUUAAAUUCGA